CUUUUCCUUAAAAUGGUGAAUGAAAACAGUACCACCAUCACGGAGUUCAUUCUCCAGGGCAUCUCAAAUGAUCCAGGUAUGAAAGUCUUAUUCUUUGUGGUAUUCCUGAUCAUCUAUCUGGUCAAUGUUGUGGGAAACCUGGGCAUGAUCAUCUUGAUCACACUUGAUUCCCACCUUCACAAUCCUAUGUACUUCUUCCUCUGGCACCUGUCCUUCUGUGACAUCUGCUACUCAUCUGCUAUUGCCCCCAGAAUGCUGUCUGACUUGUUAUCUGAGAGCAGGAUCAUCUCCUUCCCUGAAUGCACUGCCCAGUUCUACUUCUUUGCUGCAUUUGUGGAUGCCGAGUGCUACAUUUUAGCAGUGAUGGCCUAUGACCGCUAUGUGGCCAUCUGCAACCCAUUGCUCUAUUCCACUGCCAUGUCCAAGUCCCUCUGUAUCCGGCUCCUACUUGGGUCAUACAUUGCUGGCACAACUAAUGCCAUAAUACACACAACAGCCACCUUCAGCCUGCAGUUCUGCAGUUCCAACCUCAUCAACCAUUUCUUCUGUGAUGUCCCUCCACUGCUGGCAAUCGCUUGUUCUGACACCCACAUUAAUGAGAUUUUGCUUUUUGCAUUUGCUGGAUUUGUUGAGAUGAGCUCCCUCUCCAUCAUCCUUCUCUCUUACAUCUUCAUUUUAGCAGCUGUCCUGAGAAUGCCCUCAGGGAGGCUCAAAGCCUUCUCCACCUGUGGGUCCCACUUCACAGGGGUCACUUUAUUUUAUGGGACUGUGAUUUUCAUGUAUCUCCGGCCUACUUCUGUCUAUGCCUUGGAUCAAGACAAAUGGGCUUCUGUGUUCUACACAGUAGUGAUCCCCAUGCUCAAUCCUCUGAUCUACAGCUUGAGGAACAAAAAUGUUAAGGAAGCUUUCAGAAAACUCAUUAACAAGAAGCUGAACUCUGUCUUAAACUAA